AUGGUGGGCUCAGGAGCAACAGAUAGGAGCAAAGAAGCUGUUGGGAUGAUGGCCCUUCAUGAGGCCCUCAAAAGCGUCUGUCUCAACACAGACUGGACUUACUCUGUCUUCUGGACCAUCCGUCCACGCCCGAGAGUCAGAGGAGGUAAUGGCUGCAAGGUUGGGGAUGACAAUGGCAGCUUGAUGUUGAUGUGGGAAGAUGGGUUUUGUCGAGGAAGAGUUUCAUCAGAUUGUCUUGAAGAUAUUGAUGGAGAAGAUCCUGUCAGGAAAGCCUUCAGCAAAAUGUCCAUUCAGCUGUAUAAUUAUGGAGAAGGGUUGAUGGGGAAGGUUGCAUCUGAUAAGUGCCACAAAUGGGUUUUCAAAGAACCUACAGAGUGUGAACCAAACAUCUCCAACUACUGGCAAAGUUCUUUUGAUGCUCUUCCUCCUGAAUGGACUGAUCAGUUUGAGUCAGGCAUUCAGACAAUUGCUGUAAUUCAAGCUGGUCAUGGUCUUCUGCAGUUGGGCUCCUGCAAGAUUAUACCAGAAGAUCUUCACUUUGUACUAAGAAUGAGGCAUACCUUUGAGUCUCUAGGCUACCAAUCUGGUUUUUACCUCUCCCAACUAUUUUCCUCUACCAGAAACAACUCUGCCUCAUCAGUGCUUCCUUCAAAGCAGUCCCCAAUUCCGAUCCGGCCUCCUCCUCCUCUCUUCAAUUGGGCUCAAAGGCCUCUUCCAUCUGCAACAGCUAUGCAGCUGCCUUCACCCAACAGUUUUCAGAACUCUGCAGCCAGACUUGGAUACAAUCCACAAGCCAAUAAAGAUGAGACACACAUGUUUUUGCUGCCUCAUUCAGCCGAAACACAAAUGGGAGGAGACAUGAUGGGAGGAGGAGGAGGAGGAGAGCAUGAAAAUGACAUCAAAUGGCCAAAUGGAUUGUCUUUCUUCAAUGCCCUCACGGGACGUUCUGAUGAUGCAAAGCUUUUGUUCAAUCCGGAGAACUUGGGAAACAAAGGUGGAGACGAAAAUCACCACCACAACCCGAAUCCAAACUCAGAUCAUGCUUCGAAUCACAACGAGUUUUUGAGCUUGGAUUGCCACCCGGAUAGUAGUGCAAGGAAGAACAUGGAGAACAAGUACAAGAGGAGCUUUACUUUGCCUGCAAGAAUGGCUUCAUCAUCUUCAAACUCAGUUGAUCACCAUCAGCACCAAUCUGUGGGGUAUCGAAAUGCCGAAGCUGGUAUGUACUCUGAUGUUAUGGAGACCUUCUUGGAGUGA